GCACUGGCGGCUCGGGAGGGGUGAGGAAAGCGAAAACGGGGGUGGGGUGCGGAAUGCACGGCCAAAGCGACUUUAAUAGUGAAACUUCGGGAGAGAAAGGGACAGGCUCUCUCCCCAGGUAACUAACUACCUUGGGAUGAAAACCAUGAAUAUAGACGGAAGUGGCAGGCAGCAGCAACUUUGAGAUUCAAAGUCCCAGAUGAUGUCUUCCAGUUGUUGACCUGAGUCACAAGUUUAUGCUCUGAUGCCUGGAGCCAGAGGGAGCAAUUAGGUGGAUUUUUCAGUUUCUGUGGGAGGGAAAGUCCUACCUCUAACCAAAACAUCUAGGAAAGCAGAGUCUCCAAAAUUGAAAGGAGGGGAUGCAUAAGGUAUGUCUUUGUGAAAGGUCCCAGUGAUCUCUCUUAUGACAUCUAAAAUUCGGAUUAAAACAGGGUGAGCCCACCAUGACUGGCAAAACACAGACCAGCAAUGUCACCAAUAAGAAUGACCCCAAGUCAAUCAACUCCCGUGUUUUCAUCGGCAAUCUAAAUACAGCCAUUGUCAAGAAAGUUGACAUUGAAGCCAUUUUCUCAAAGUAUGGAAAAAUAGUUGGAUGUUCAGUUCACAAAGGUUAUGCAUUUGUACAGUACAUGAGUGAGCGCCAUGCAAGAGCUGCAGUUGCUGGAGAAAAUGCCAGGAUCAUCGCAGGCCAACCACUUGAUAUCAACAUGGCAGGAGAACCCAAACCAUACAGACCAAAACCUGGAAACAAGCGGCCCCUUUCUGCACUUUAUAGGCUUGAGUCAAAGGAGCCUUUCCUGUCUGUUGGUGGUUAUGUCUUUGACUAUGAUUAUUACAGAGAAGAUUUCUACAAUCGGUUAUUUGAUUACCAUGGGCGUGUGCCUCCGCCUCCCCGCGCAGUAAUUCCACUGAAGCGCCCCAGAGUGGCUGUAACGACGACUCGCAGAGGAAAAGGAGUCUUUUCCAUGAAAGGGGGAUCAAGAUCUACUGUCAGUGGGUCUUCUUCAUCAGGCUCUAAAUUGAAAUCAGAUGAGCUGCAGACAAUCAAGAAAGAAUUAACCCAGAUCAAAACUAAAAUUGACUCCUUGCUAGGGCGCCUGGAGAAGAUUGAGAAGCAGCAGAAGGCUGAGGCAGAAGCUCAGAAGAAACAAUUGGAGGAGAGUAUAGAGCUGAUCCAAGAUGAAUGUGUGUCAGAGAAUGCAGAUCACUCUACAGAGGAGCCUGCUGAAGGAGGGCCAGAUGCGGAUGGAGAAGAGAUGACUGAUGGGAUAGAGGAGGACUUCGAUGAAGAUGGGGGUCAUGAGCUGGAUAAUUACUUGUAUGUAAUCAUUUACAAUCAAGGAACAAAGGAAGAGUUUCUGCAGAUAAAGUGAUCUGAAGUAAUAAAUGAUGUCACGAAAGCAGAAAAGAGAAACUCUGACAACCCCCAGAAAUGUGAAAGGAGGUUUCUUACUGGAUAGCAGCAUCUUCAGUUCAAUUUAUACAAAAACCCAAAUAAAUAAAAUGGACAGUAUUGUUCAAUUUUAGAAAUUCCAUUUCUUCUAUGUUCUAAGCUGUAUAAUUGUCAGGUUUUUAUGGUUUAGAUUGUAAAUGUGUUUUUCCCUUUGCUAAUUAUGUUGUUGUUUUUUUUAAGUCUUAAAAGUCUUAAGAUGUGAAGGACAUUUAUGAAUGGUAAAGGAGACACUGUAUACAAAUGUAUAUUUGUAAAAGCUAUUUUUAUGAUUAGCAUGUUUUACUGUUUAUCAUAUAUAAAGGCAGGUGAUAUUGCAGUUCUACAUUUAAAGCUUAUUUCCCACAUUGUCAUGUAAGAAAAGAUAUAUUGUAUGCUAGUUUUUAUAAUUUAUUUUUAAUUUAUAGUUUAAAGUACUUCAUAAGGAUAAAACACUUACAAAGGUUAUAUUUCUGCCUUCUAUAAGCACCAUUUUAUUAAUAAAGAAUGCAAAUAUUUCAGAUGUAAUUAGUUGAAGGACUUUUGGCUUUACCUGGGAUUAUAUUGAGCAUUCUCUGUUCUACUGAACUG